CGAGGCCGGCCUCUUUCGUUUCCCCGAUAAGCCGCUUUCUCUUUCUAAGAUGUCACUUCCGGUAAACAAGAAAACAACAUACCAGGAAGGAAGAAACCCUUAGGAAGGUGUGUGGGAUCUGGAGUUCGAAGUAGAGGAUCAGGCUGGAUGAGUGUAGCCCAAGGGGAUUGGAGCUGCGACAUGGUGCAGCCAAGUGGGUGCCCAGAUGGUGACUAUGGCAUGAUGGGAGAUGAUUCCUCCCUGGACAAAGCUGGCACCCUUCAGUUGCCAGCUGAGCUCGAAGGAAAUGAAGCUGUACAAUAUUUCCUGGCUGAGAACAGAGACCUCAAAGAAGCCAUCCGACAGAGUAAUCUCAUGCUACGAGAGCGGUACCAGGAAUUUGUGCAGUUCCAUGCUUCCAAAAAGGCUGAGAAAGAAUUCAUUAUGAGCAAGUUCCAGGAGGCUCGGCUUGUGGUGGAAAAAUUGCACCUAGAACGCAUGGAAUUGGAAAAACAGUUGCAGCAGGCUUUCCAGGAUCUGGAGCGACUGAAGACAGCUUCUCAACCAUUUCUCUCAGAAAAAGACCUCUCUGCCACACAAGAGGAAUCAGAUACUGUAACUCUUACUGAGGAAGAUGCACUUACUGUGACGUCGGGGCUACUGAAAGAGAAAAGGGAAAGGCUGGAAGAGGACUGGAAGGCAAUGCAAGAGGCCAACCAGGUCUUACAGAAGGAAAAACUCGCCUUGGAGGCUAAGAUUGCCAUCCUGCAACAAACAGCAAAGGUCACUGGGCCAAUAGAGGAGUUCAGAAUAAAGAUUAAAGAGAAUGGUUGUUCACUGGAGCCGUCCAUGGAAGUGGAGUCCCUGCAGAGCUCGGGGGACAAUGCUGAUGGGAAACAAAUUGAGCAGCUGCAAAAAAGCCUGAAGGAGGCUGAAGAUAAAAACGUAGCCCUUCGGCAACAGCUGGCAUCCACUUUGGAGGAGCUAGCCUGCCAGACUACCAGGGAGCAGGAAAUCCAGCUGCAGCUACAAACCUUGACCAAACAACUAGAGCAAGUUGGGGAGGAUAAGACUUUAGCAAAGGCCCAGGUGACGUCUCUGCUGGGGGAGCUGCUGGAGAGUCAAAGCCGCCUCGAAGCUUGUACGGACCAAAACAAAGAGCUGGAGGAGAGGGUUCGUGGGGCUGGUGAACGACUGCAGCAGCUUGAAAAAGAGGCUGAAAUCCGCAACAAACAGCACGGCGUACAGGUGGACCAGUUGAGGCUGCAGGUGCAGAAUCUUGAGAGUGCUCUACGAGUGGAACGACAGAGUGCCACAGAGGAAAAGAGAAAACUAGCCCAAGUACAGGUGGCCUAUCACCAGCUCUUCCAGGAGUACGAUGCCCACAUCAAAACCAGCUUGGAAACUGAGAAGCGAAGCAAGAGCUUGGAUAUGCAACUUGCCGAACUGUCUCAGCAAAUGCAGCAGGCCGAGGAGGCUCUGGUAGCCAAGCAGGAGCACAUUGACAAGCUGAAGGACGAUGCUGAACAGCACAAAACUGUCAUGGAGACCGUGCCUGUGCUCAAGGCCCAGGCUGAUAUCUACAAGACAGAUUUCCUGGCAGAGCGCCAGGCACGUGAAAAGUUACACGAACAACGAGAGUUCCUGCAGGAGCAGGUUGCCCAGUUGCAGAGGGAGAAUGAGAAGCUGAAAGCCGAGUUUGAAGGACGAGAAAGCCAUUCUGGUGCUCUUUCUUGUCUACCUAGGGCUCUGAUGGAAGAGAUGAGAAAUCGCCAUUCAGAAAUGCGUCCAUCUCCUCAGCCGAAUUUCUUGAUGGGCACGACCCCAUUCCAUCCCCAGAGUGUAACAGGGCGAAGACAAAAUGUUCUAGAAGAACAGCCUAUCCACUAUUGUCCCAAAUGCCAGUAUAAAGCUCCAGACAUGGACACCCUACAGAUCCAUGUCAUGGAUUGUAUCCAGUGACAGUAAAGAAGAAGAAGGGGAAGCUCCAGGCUGAUGUACAUUUGCAUUGCUUUAAACAGAACCAGCAGUUCAGCUGCCAAUCCUGGAACAAAAAGCGUGGACUCUUUACUUUCUGCUCCCCUGUAUGUCAUUAACUUUUUUUCCUCUUAUAAUAAUGGCUGAGCCUACUACUGACCUUGUCCCAAGCGUGGCUAUUACAGCCACAGGGGAAAAGGGUUGCACUAUUCUAGGUUUUGUGUAAAGCAAUCUUUUCAAGUGCUUUUAAUUCAAGUGUGCAUCAGGGAUACCAGGGAUUAAGUCAUUCCCUCCGAAUAACAAGUCACAUGCCUAUUAAUCUACCAGUAACUCAUUUCAUGGAUGAUGGGGGAAAUCUCCUUCCCUAUAAAGACUACUGCUCCUCUUUGUCCCACAUCCCAGUAAGAUUUUAAAUGUCUUAAACAGUUCCUUAAGCCAUAAUGAGGUAAUUAUUUUAUCUAUAAAAUAAAAGGAUAGAGGGCUUUUCUUCUGCUUUCUAAGAGAGCUUAAAAAUGAAAUUGCUUGCAACCAAUCUUUAGGCUGAAAAGGUAUUGUAUGACUCUUUCAUCUUAAGUCAAUUAAAGCAACAAUGAAGAUAAUCAGUGAUUUUCCUACUUACACCAGGUACCUCCCCCUUCUAGGACAAUAAUGUGUUAGCACUCCAUCCUUUAGAAAUGAACUUUUUAUUAACUCAAUCACCCAUAAUUUACAAUCAAAGCAACAAUCCAUGAAGCUGAGCUUGGCACUGCUCCUCUAGGAUUCCUCCGCUCCUCCAAGACCUUUGUAAGGUUUUCAGGGAGAUGCUUCAUGAAGAGAAGAGAGGCCUCUAAACUCAGCCAAAUGGCUUUUUAAGUCACCCACCCUCCUUUUAGAUCAGCUGCUCAGUCUGACCAAAAGUUGGGAGAGCUCAAUAGGCAGAAUUAUUCCAAUAAAUAAUUUGAAUUACCAUAUUCUCCAUAUCCACCAUGCUAGCAAUUUACCUGCUUUGCAGGAGAUGAUUUCAAA